AUAACCUCUGAAGCAAUCGAAGAGAUGAAACAAAAGAGGGACUGCAUUGACUGGCACAAAAUUCGUGAAGAAGAACGUCGUUUGAAGCAUGAUGUGAUGGCUCAUAAUCAUGUCUUUGGCGCAAUUUGUCCUAGAGCCGCUGGAAUCAUUCACCUUGGUGCUACUUCAUGUUACGUCCAAGAUAACGCUGACAUCAUAGUAAUCCGAGAGUCCGUUAAUCAAAUUCUACGGAGAGCUGCCAUUGUGCUCGACCGGAUGGCCAAAUUCGCUGAACGUGAGAAGUCUCAUGUUACUGUUGGCCGAACACACUAUCAAACCGCAUCAUUAGUCACCAUUGGAAAACGGACCGCAUUAUGGGCGCAAGAACUACUUAUGGGUUUUAAAGAGGUCGAAAAGUUGGAUGAUCUUGUAACUUCUAAGGCGGGAUUCAAUCAGAAGUUUUUGAUAUCAGGACAAACAUAUUCCAGGCAACAGGAUGUCCGUUUGAUAUUCGCGCUCGCUGCCAUUGGUGCUGCAGUGAAAAAGAUUUGCACCGACAUAAGGGUCCUCCAAGCAAUGGGUGAAUUGUUGGAGCCUUUUGAAAAGGAUCAAAUUGGCUCUUCCGCAAUGCCGUAUAAAAAAAAUCCAGUGAAGAGUGAGCGCUGUUGUUCUCUAGCAAGAAAGCUAAUUCAUACCCCACAGGAGGCCUUGAGUAUUUUGGGUGAUCAAGGCUUAGAAAGAACUCUUGACGACUCAGCCGGACGUCGAAUUCUUUUGCCAGAUUCUCUACUCACUGCAGAAGCAAUGCUCAUCACGCUGCAGAACGUGUUCGAAGGACUCACAGUUCAAGCAGCAAAUGUUGCUCGAGUUGUACGAGAAGAACUACCGUUUUUGGGUUUGGAAAAAGCGAUGAUGUGGUUGACUGAGGAAGGUGUUGAUAGGCAGCAGGCCCAUUCAGUCAUUCGUACUACAGCACUUGAAGCAAAGAAAAGACAAGCAAAAGAAGUUGUUCAAAUGAGUGACCUCUUACAAGAUUCGUUCUUUAAUUCGGUUCGUGAUCGAGUGGUGGCGUUGGUCAAUGAGCCGAUUCGCUUCACAGGCCGUUGUGAAUCCCAAACCGUUCGUUUCAUCACAGAGGAGCUACGCCCAGCUAUUGACCGAUACUUCGACCCAAAUGCUGCUGAAGUUCAGCUUAAUGUGUAG